AUGGACCUCGGCUGCUUGGACUUGGGUUGCAUAGAGGUCUCCGACAAGCACGGCGCCACUCAGCCCAGCCCUGAGUCGCUCACGGCGAGCUCCAAGAUUGGAAAGAACAAAAGUCCCAAAGAGACGUCUGUAUCAACAUUGAAUUCUCUUAACAAAUUCACAUCACAGAUUAAAAAGCCUGCUCACCGUAAAUCUUCUCCUCUCAAUUGGUUCCCACGAAAGAAAGGAGACUCCUACUUGAUGAGGAAAAUCAAAAUGCUACAGGAAGCAGAUGGCAUGAAUUUAACUCUUGAUGAGACUCUAGGUGAUUCAAAUCCACAUUACUCAAAGGUGCUGAGGGAAAAAAUGGCAGCAAGAGAAGCUGCACAAAAGGCAAUGCAAGCACGGAAAGCUGCAUUGGUGGAAGCAUCAUGGUGUCGAAUACUUCAGGCAGCCAGGAUUCAAAGAAAAGAAGCAGAAGCUGAACUGUUGAAAGUGGACAAAGCUGCAGCUGAAGCUUUUGAGGUGGCAUCAUCCGUGGGAGUUAUCAUGUAUGACAUACCAAACUGCACUCGCAAGCCUUCUGUAGAAACAUCCACUAUAAAUGGAGGAAAGUCUACUACCCACACAGUCACAGCAUCGUUUGAGACUGCAUUUGAGGUGGACAAAGAAGUAGCUGCUGCUGUGAAGGUUGCAUUAGUUACACUUGGAAAUAGCCCUUCUUUUAGUAAAGAUGAGUUUAAAGAACUGCUUCGAAAAAUUAGUGAGAAUCCUGAUACAGGUGAAAAGGAAUUGACUGAGUUCAGUUCAGAAUGUGAAUCAGAAUCUGGAUCGGAACUUGAAACAGUGGCCGAGAAAGAUAAUGCCAAUUCCCAAGAUUUGGAUUGUAAGAUGCAAGGUCUGGAGGUAAGACAAAAGAAAAGUAGAAGGCAGUCUUUUGGAAAGCUUAAUAUGGAAAAUAUAGUGGACAUGAUUCUUGAGAGGCUUCAAUGCUUGAAAGAAGAGGAACUCUCUUCUCUUGCCACUAUAGUUGCUACUUGUGGUUUAAAUGCUGCCUUGGCUGAAAAUAGCAAGCUGCUUGGUCCAGGAUCUGCUGCUGAGACAUUUCCCCGAAGGAUGUCUACUUUAGGAGCAGGGAAACCUGAAUACUUCUUAGAUGGGCAGAUAAGAAAGAAGGAAAUCAAAUCAGAACUUCCAAGUCUAGACAAGUUUUUGGUUAAGCACAUGACUAAGCUUGAAAAAGAAGUGCAAGAAGCCAAGAAUAGAAGGAAUGAGUCUAAGGAAGGUACUGCGGGAAAUUCUGAUAGAAUCAUCGAUGAGAAGGCCAGUUCAGAUAAAAGCCAAAUUAUUACAGAGACUGUACCAGGACUGGGAACUAUCCUUUUGAAGCAUGGUUCGAAGUUUGAGAAGGAGAUCAAAGAGGCCAAGGAAAAUUCAAGAGGAGAUUUUGGAACACUUCAGAAGAACUCAGAGAGAAAUAAGACAUCAUAUGACGCCAUACCUAGCUUGGAGAGUGUGUUGGUUAAACAUUCUUCGAAACUUGAAAAGGAAGUCGAAGAGGCCAAGAAAAAUUUUGUGAGAACAGCUACUGUUAGCCAUAAGAAAGUGGGAGGGGUUAGUCAGGGAAGAGAAAAUGCCACAGAAGUCCCCAGCCUUGAUCAGGUCCUGGUGAAACGUGUCUCAAGACUUGAGAAGGAGGUCCAAGAAGCAAAGAACAGAAGGGAAAACAAUACUCGAGGAGUCAGGUUGGCACAUCUCAAAAUCAAGAAUGUUGAUUCAUAUGCUACAGAAUCAAAGGAGAAGGUCGAUUCCUGUUCUAGUGAAGGACCAGAGGAGAAAGAAAAUGUUGACUUGAAUAAGAAUGCUGCAGAAAACAUGGAGAAAAAUGCUAAUGCAGUGGAAACAAAUAAGAAAGCUGGAACCGAAGGGGCUGAAGAUAGUCUGGACAAGAUCAUGCUCAAACCAGUGCACUGGUUAGAAAGAGAGAAAAGGAAAGCCUUAGCAGAGGGAAACAAUUUUGAAUAUCGUACACUUGAGAAGAAAAAGGGGGAAAACAGCAUUACAGAAUGUGAGAGUUUGGACAAAGUUUUGGUAAAACAUGUAUCCAGGCUGGAGAAAGAGAAGAUGAAGAUGAAGCUUGGUGCAGAAGAACCUGCUGAAAUGAAGAGAAGUAAGGCAAAGCUGCAUUCGCUUGUGGAUGAAGCAGGUGGUUUGGACCAAAUCUUGGUUAAACAUAAAUCAAGACUUGAGAGAGAAAAGGCCGCUGCUGCUCAACAACCAGAGGAUCAGACUAGAUUAUCUGUGACUCGAAAACAAGCAAGGGAGAGAGAACUACAAGAACAAUGGGGAGGUUUAGGCUUGGGAAACUCAAUGAAGCCACAUCAAUCAAAACUUGAACUGGAUAAGGCUGCUUGGAUUAAAGCUGAACAAGAGGAAAAGCGGCAAGCUGUGGGAUUCUCAGGUUGA